CUCCCUCUUUAGCCAACCAUCAUCGCUUUUCGAAUUCGAAAUUCCAUUUUUGUUCCUCAAAACCUGCCACCUCCUCUGCCCCAAUGUUGAAACUCCUCCGCCCGUCCCGCGUCCACUGCCUCACCGGCCCGACUUCCACUCUCCGAGCGAAGCCCGAGUCUAACUCGGUUAUUCAGGGGCUGAGUCGGCUCACCCGGUUGGCUCGGAGGAACCCUAGUAAUUUGGGGUUCAGAGCAUUCUUCUGUUCCGAUUCGAGUGAUGGGUCCACGCCUGAGGCCGCAGUUGAGGUUGAGGUCAGGGCAGCUGAGUCUGAGUCCGACGUUUCCGACUCCAAGUCCUCUUCCGCUAUCGUCCCCACCAACCCCAGGCCGGAAGAUUAUUUAACGGUUUUGGCCUUACCAUUGCCUCACAGACCUCUUUUCCCAGGUUUCUACAUGCCAAUUUAUGUGAAGGAUUCUAAAUUAUUGGCAGCUUUACAAGAAAACCGGAAACGGCAAGCUCCCUAUGCUGGUGCUUUCCUUGUUAAAGAUGAGCUGGGGACUGAUUCCAGCCCAGGUUCUGACUCAGAAAAAAGUGUGUAUGACCUUAGAGGAAAAGAAUUAUUUAACCGUCUUCAUGAAGUUGGGACACUUGCUCAGAUUUCAAGUAUUCAGGGUGACCAGGUUAUCCUUAUUGGUCACAGGCGACUACGAAUAACAGAGAUGGUCAGCGAGGAUCCCCUUACUGUCAAAGUUGAUCAUCUCAAGGAAAAAUCUUAUGAUAAGGAUGAUGAUGUAAUAAAGGCUACAUCAUUUGAGGUUAUAUCAACUCUAAGAGAUGUUUUGAAAACAAGCUCCCUUUGGAGGGAUCAUGUUCAGACAUAUAGUCAGCAUAUCGGUGAUUUUAACUUCCCUAGGUUAGCAGAUUUUGGAGCUGCAAUAUCUGGUGGAAAUAAAUUACAGUGCCAGAAAGUUCUUGAAGAGCUGGAUGUGCACAAGCGUUUACAACUCACCUUGGAGUUGAUGAAAAAGGAAGUUGAAAUUAGCAAGAUUCAGGAAUCAAUUGCAAAAGCAAUUGAAGAAAAGAUUAGUGGCGAACAACGCCGUUACCUAUUGAAUGAGCAACUUAAGGCCAUAAAGAAGGAACUUGGAUUGGAAACUGAUGACAAAACUGCCCUUUCUGCAAAGUUUAGGGAAAGACUUGAACCAAAUAGAGAGAAAUGCCCACCUCAUGUAUUGCAAGUUAUAGAAGAGGAGCUUACAAAGUUACAGCUGUUAGAAGCCAGUUCAAGUGAAUUUAAUGUGACCCGUAACUAUCUGGAUUGGUUGACUGCUCUUCCUUGGGGAAACUACAGUGAUGAGAACUUUGAUGUCAUUCGAGCACAAAAGAUUCUUGAUGAAGACCAUUAUGGAUUAACUGACGUUAAGGAAAGAAUCUUGGAAUUUAUAGCUGUUGGAAAACUCCGAGGAAUCUCACAAGGAAAAAUUAUUUGUCUGUCUGGUCCACCUGGAGUGGGUAAAACUAGCAUUGGUCGUUCAAUUGCACGUGCUUUGAACCGUAAGUUCUUCCGGUUUUCUGUUGGUGGAUUAUCAGAUGUUGCGGAAAUCAAGGGGCAUCGUAGAACCUAUAUUGGUGCUAUGCCAGGUAAGAUGGUGCAGUGCUUGAAAAAUGUGGGGACAGCUAAUCCACUAGUUCUGAUUGAUGAGAUAGACAAGUUGGGAAGGGGACAUGCUGGUGAUCCAGCUAGUGCAUUGCUAGAGCUCCUUGAUCCUGAGCAAAAUGCUAAUUUUUUAGACCACUAUCUUGAUGUGCCAAUUGAUCUCUCCAAGGUUCUGUUUGUCUGCACAGCCAAUGUGGUGGAAAACAUACCAAAUCCUCUCUUGGACAGAAUGGAGGUUAUUGCUAUUGCUGGGUAUAUUACUGAUGAGAAAAUGCAUAUUGCCAGAGACUAUCUGGAGAAAACUUCACGGGAAGCAUGUGGCAUCAAGCCUGAACAGGUUGAGGUAACUGAUGCUGCACUUCUUGCCCUAAUAGAAAAUUACUGUCGAGAGGCAGGGGUUCGGAAUCUUCAGAAGCACAUUGAGAAAAUUUAUCGCAAGAUUGCUCUCCAAAUUGUACGGAAAGGGGCAUCGAGUGAACCUGCAGUUGCUGGGGAGAAUGUCCAACUUGCUGAAGUGAUAGCAGAAGUUGUUGAUGAAUCUGGUCAACAGGUUGUAACUGAGACCAGUACAGAUGUAGAAUCAGUAGGUAGCAGUAGUCUUGAGCAGACUACUGAAACCCUUACUCAAACUGAUACAGUUCUGACUGAUGACCAGCCUAAGGAUAUAAAGGAUGAUACUGAAAAGGUUCAGGAAGGUGAAGCAACCAAGACAAUAGAGGAGAAGGUUUUGGUAGAUUCAUCAAACCUAGCUGAUUUUGUUGGGAAACCAGUUUUCCAUGCAGAGCGCAUUUAUGAUGAUACCCCAGUUGGAGUUGUGAUGGGUCUUGCUUGGACUGCUAUGGGUGGAUCCACCUUGUACAUUGAAACAACACAAGUUGAGCAAAGAGAAGGAAAAGGGGCUCUUCAUCUUACUGGUCAGCUUGGAGAUGUCAUGAAAGAAAGUGCACAGAUUGCUCAUACGGUUGCAAGGGCAAUCUUGCAUGAGAAAGACCCAGAAAAUCCCUUCUUUGCCAAUUCAAAGCUCCAUCUGCAUGUUCCUGCAGGAGCAACCCCUAAGGAUGGUCCAAGCGCUGGCUGCACCAUGAUCACAUCCUUGCUAUCUCUUGCAAUGAAGAAACCAAUCAGAAAGGAUUUGGCAAUGACUGGGGAGGUGACUCUUACAGCAAAAAUUCUUCCAAUUGGCGGGGUUAAAGAAAAAACCAUUGCUGCUAGGAGGAGUGGAGUCAAGACCAUUAUUUUUCCAUCUGCUAACAAGAGGGAUUUUGAUGAGCUUGCUGAGAACGUUAAAGAAGGCCUUGACGUUCACUUUGUAGACGGUUAUAGUCAGAUAUUCAACUUGGCCUUUGAUUUUGACAAUGAUACAAGAAAUUAGGUCUUCACUGCCGAAUCAAAGUGCAGGUCUAGAUUUUAAUUUUUGUACUGAAUAACCCUACUUUUCUGGGUCAUCAGGUGAUCAUUAUAAUUUUUUUUUUUUUCCUUUUUCAUUACUUCAAUCUCGAAGUAGGGCUCAAAUUUGUUGUGUAUUCUUGUUUCAGACCACAAGAAAUCAGUACAAUGCAA